GCGGCACGAUUAGACUCGGUGCACGCGUGCUUUUGCCGUUUAUGUGUGCAUAUUUAAAAUCAGAAGAAAGGAUAUGCAAGGGCGUAGUAUCCCGUAAGGUAUUAUGCUACUGAAGGUGGGAGACGGGCUGGUUGGGUGGGUGGAUGGCUGGCUGGUUGGUUGAAACUCGGCUGUCUGGCUGGCACCAGCAGCACGCAGUUGGUCACUUGACUACCAUUCCGUCAACAACUGACUCCCCCUCGCCCACGCACAUUACUUCUGGACCGAGUUGAAACUUCCCAGCAACGCCGACCUUAAUCAGAAAACUUGUGAAAGAGAUACAUGUCCAGUGAACAGCUGGAAGAUCUAAAUUCAGAAAUGGAUUCUCAUAGCUUACGCAUAGCACUUCGAGCUGGCGGCUGCUAGCUCUGUCGAAUGGGUCUUUUUCUGCCUCGCGUUCUGCCCAUCGAUUACCUGUCGCUUGAAAUAAUCCCUUUGUUCUUAUAGAGUCACAAUUUAUAUAAUUGCGCUGCACGCGGCGGCCUUAUAAAAACGAUGGAUAGCAAUAAUUUGGGGCGGGAAAAGGCGAGCGAAUGUGGACAUUUUUCCAUUUGUCAGCAUGUUCUGUUUUAGGAUCCGGAACGAGAGCGGUUUUUUACAGGAGAAGGGGGAAUGUAGCGUUUGCUCAGUGUAGAGUACUUGAUAAAUGUUUUGCUGAUGACUGUUCCAGCUAGUAACAUUUCGGCCGUCCUCCGCCCACACACGCUUCGGCGCGGUUACAGAAUGAUUACAGUUUAGGCAUCAAAAUGUCGAGUCUAGGGUUACAGUUUUAUCGUUUGACAUUACACUCCGGGCACGCGUAUACCGAGAACGUUUCGAAUUAAAUAUAUCUGGAACGGCUUCAGACAGACAGUUUUCCCAAUCAAGUGUUUGCUAGUUAACGUGCGAUCCAAUGUAGUUUUUGAGAGAGGAAUGAAUUGCGUUUUUGGGAUGUCAUGAAUACUCCAGCAUUGUAGUAUGGAUGCCAACAUGGCCGUUAACAGCACGUUUUUUUUUGUUGCUAAAUAUUGAUAAAAUAUUGUCUUAAAAAAUGAACUGACUUCAUAAUUUUGGUAAGGUCUGGUUCGCAUUCCUAUUUUGAAUAUGUGAGAAUUACGAUGGAUUAUUUUUGGGGUCUAAAUCAUGCACCGUUUUGUUUGUAUGCCUCUGGGUAAUAUCAAGAUUUGAAUAUAUUGGCUCCAGUUUGACUGACUGUUGUCCCGUCUUGAAUAGCUUAAUACUCACGAAAUCAUGCUGCAGAAUCAAAACGGCAUGACCUGGACAUGAUUUCACAUUUGUUUAAAUUUGAGCAUAAAUUACGUCUAACCACGCUGCCAGGCCAAAUCGGAAAUGGACAAAUACCUUACGCCCCAGCCCUUUGUAAUCCCCGAGGCUAAGAAGGUGCGGCGGGACAGUUCCUCUGUGGUUGACCAGUUCUUUGGCGAAGAGCAGGGCUCCCCCUACAGCAUAAACAUGAACGUCUUCCUGCCGGACCUCACGUACCUGCGGACUGGUCUGUGCCGGCCGCAGAGGCCGCCGGUGGCCCAGGUGAAGGCCGAGCCCACCCAGCCGUUCAUGCACCCCAGCUGCCACGGCGGCAUGAGCAGCACGCUGCCGGAGUUCACCAGCAUCUUCAGCCCGUCCCCCGCCAACCCCGCCGCCGCCGACGGCAACAGCAUCUUCAUCAAGCAGGAGAUGCCGUCCCUGGACCUGGCCCAGGAGGGGCCCCUGUACCAGCUGCUCAGCUCCGAGCUGGAGGGCCCGCUGUCGGGGGGGCCCAUGCCCGCGUCCGUGUCCCCCUACGGCGAGCUGCACUUACCGCCGCCGCAGAGCGCCGGCAAGCCCUACGGCGGGAUGCGCGACGGCGCCGGGGGCGGGGCCUAUUCCCACUCCGCCCACUCCGCCCAGUUCGCCCCGCAGGCCCAGCAGAAGGCGGCCUACCUGCCCCCCUCGCCCCCCAGCUCGGAGCCGGGCAGCCCGGACAGGCAGAAGGAGCUCCUGCAGAACAUGUCGCCCCCCCCCUCGUACGCAGCCAGCAUCGCCUCCAAGCUGGGGGGGCACAGCGCCAGUCUCCCCGCUGCCCUGCCCGCGCCCCCGCAGUCCAUGCCCGUCCGCUACAACCGGCGGACCAACCCCGACCUGGAGAAGAGGCGGAUACACCACUGCGACUUCCCAGGAUGCAAGAAAGUGUACACCAAGUCGUCGCAUCUGAAAGCCCACUUGAGGACACACACGGGGGAGAAGCCGUACAAGUGCACGUGGGACGGGUGCGACUGGCGCUUCGCCCGCUCGGACGAGCUGACCCGCCACUUCCGCAAGCACACGGGCGCCAAGCCCUUCCAGUGCGCCGUGUGCAGCCGCAGCUUCUCCCGCUCCGACCACCUGGCGCUGCACAUGAAGAGGCACCAGAACUAGCCCACUGCCCCCAACUCCGCCCCUACCCCCGCCCCCAACUCCGCCCCUAACCCCGCCCCAAAUCUGCCCCCAACUCCGCCCCAACCCCCGCCCCCAAAUCUGCCCCAAACUCCGCCCCUAACCCCUUAACCCAACCCCACGCCCACCUCAACUCGAAUCCGCCCCCACCCCCUGCCUCAGCUCCACCCCCACCCCCUACCCCAACUCCACACCCAACCCUGCCCCAACUCCACCCCAAAGCUCACUCUCAAACCCUACCCCCCCAACCCAAAUCCCACCCCAACCCCACCGCCUGCCCAAAACUCCACCCCAUCCCCAAUGACCCAAACCCCAUCCCAUCCCCAACGACCCCAACCCCCAACCCCAACCCACGCCCUCCCCAACCCCAAACCUGCCCCCCAACCCUGCCCCCAACCCCAGCGAUCUGGCCACUAAACCUGCUCUUUUUAUAAACCAUGUAUAAUCAUCUGUGGGGAACUGGAACUUUUUAUAUUUAUGAUGAUUUACUGCAUACACAGUGCAAUUAUUUUAGUUUUUGCUGUUUCAGAAAUUGGAAAUUGUAUUUAAACCAUCCACACUCCUUGGCAUUUUUUAUUUUUUUAUUGGUUGCCAUCUCAAUCUUAUUUUUUAAAGUGUAUAGCCAAAUAGUUGGAUGCAAAAGUCUGAAGUCUUCUUGAUAGGAGAAUAUAUUUAGGUAUUCAAUUGUAAAUUAUUUUUUUGAUUUUUGACCAAAGCACCAGUUCAUUACAAUGAGAGUGUUUCCUAAUCAUUCAAAGAUGGUUACACAGAUAAGGUGACUCCUGUUGGCUGUAAGGUAUUGCAAACCAAAGAACAAAGCUUGGAAUUUACUUGAACAUUUUUCUUUUCCAUUUUCAGUCUCACAUAUUUGGCAUUGAGAAUAAUGACACGUUUCAACAGUUUUAAAUUGCAUACAUACAACAACAUAAACACUGAUAAUUAUGUUUUGGGACUGACGCCCAUCAUGUUUACCAAAGUCUUGUAGCCUCAGAAACACUAGAUGAUUCUGGCUUUAAUAAAUACUGUACAUUCUAAUAUACACUAUGAUUCUGGCUUUAAUACUGUACAUUCUUCUACCCAAGUACUAUUUCCAACACUACUUCCAGAAUAGCUAGAAAGCCAUUUACAUCUGUAUAUGUAACACUUAAAGUAAUACUGGGGUAAUCUUAUCAUUUAAACUUGGUGCAGCAACGAGCACUUUUUAGAAAGGGUGUUGCCAUUUUCCAAAACAUUUUACCAGAUGAAAAAGGUUUUGCAUUAUUACUGUAUGUUUGACACCAUUUUCCUUUAUCUAGUAAACUGGAAAAUGUAAUUUGAUCAUUUUAUAGCACUGGAAUAAUCACUAUCAGAACUGGGUUUCAGAGUUUUCCUCAACAGAAAAUUUGAAAGCUGAUAUUUCAAACUGGACAUAAAAUGUUGAAGUAUUUAUAACCUCAAGAGGGAAAAACAUCUCUUGCUACUGAACUUUUAAUAACGUAAUGAAUUAUUUAAAACCAUAUAGGGAUACAAAAAAAGGGAUUGUCGAGAAGAGGGAUCACACGACUUUAAACGGAUGUAUUAUUUGUACAGACUUCUUUUUACACAUAUGCAUGCGACUUACUUUUUAUUUUCUGAUUUAUGAAGCCAACUGAAUGUAGAAAAGGGUAUUUGCAUUGUCUGUAAUAUGCAUUGUGAACACAUUUCAUCCUAAGUGCCUUUGAGGUUUUCUGAAAUGCAACUGAACUGCUAAAAGGUACUUUGGAAGACGGAGACUGGAGGAGUUUCUCGUGGGGUUUACUCUUGGUAUGCUAUUAAACGGGAGCGAACUGCUGCCUAUUCUUAGCUCUUUCAAACAGUUCGGUUCCUUACCGUAAAAGUCUUUUUUUUUGUUUGUUUUUUUUUGUUUAUUUAUUGUGCCACUUAGUGAAACUAAAUCAUAUACGUAAGAUAGAUCAUUUUUGUGUAACUAAAAUGCCUUAAUGUAAAUACUUGGCAUCCAAAUGUAAAUAUUGUUUUUCAGAAGUGUUGGUUGCUCUCUUCCAAUCAUUUAAACAAAAGGGCAAGGCUGCCCUGCUUCUACAUUGCGUGACUUUUACCGUUUUAAACGACUCUGUUUUUAUAUAAUUGUUUUUGAAAAUGUUUGUGUAAACCGUACGAUGAGGUCCGCUGAAAUGGUUGUCCUACACAUCCAUCGCUGUUAAGAACUGAAUAAAAAAAAAAAAACC